AUGAACAACACUGAAGAUUGCAGUGCGCUCCUUUCACAGCAUGCUUCGCUGGAAUCAAAACUUACUGAGCAACAGUGUGAACUACCCGAUUCGCAUGAACACGGACACGAGCACGGGCACAGCCAUGGUGGGUGCAGUGGCGCCGAUGGCCCGUACUCUGUCGGGCUGCAUGUGGCGGCGAUCUUCAUUGUGCUGGUUGUUUCGUUUCUUGGGACGCUCAUCCCACUUGCGGGGAAAUAUGUUCCAGUGCUGCGGGUACACCCGUUCGCAUUUGUCAUUGGCAAGUGCGCAGCAACAGGCGUUGUGCUGGCUGUGGCGAUGAUUCACAUGAUCAACCACUCCGCGCAUACGUUCCAAGAGGAGUGUGUGCCGGCGUCGUUCCAGGAGUCGUAUGAUGCGUACGCGUUUUUGUUUGCGAUGAUUGCGGCGGUACUGAUGCACGCGUUGGAGGUGAAUCUGGACCUGAUGUUUGCUGGCAGCAGUGCCCCGCCCUCACCAGCAGAGCCUGUUGAAAAGCAGAACAUCACUGGAGGUGAGGAGCGUGUGUCUAUUUGUGGUGACGAAGGUGGCUGCAGCGGGCACCACAGUCGCAGCAUUCUCCUCGUUGCGGAGGGUGGAGCGCAGCGUAUCGCCUCGGCCCUGUUCAUGGAGUUUGGUGUGACGCUGCACAGCGUAUUCAUUGGACUGACAGUUGGCAUCACGAGCGAUGACGACAUCAAGCCGUUGCUUGUGGCGCUUUCGUUCCACCAGCUGUUCGAGGGACUUGCGCUGGGUUCACGACUGGCGGAUGCGCCGCUACGCGGCUGGCUGGAGCUGUUGCUGGCGCUGGUCUUUUCCGUGUCUGCACCUUUGGGCACUGCGAUUGGUCUGGGCGCCGUCGUGGGGUCGAAGGUCUCAGUAACGGGGACGGCAUUCGUGUUGGUCCAGGCGAUAUUCGAUGCAGUGUGCGGUGGUAUUCUCCUGUACCUGGCGUUUGUACUAAUGCUGAACGAUUUCCCGGCGGAUCUGCGGAAGUACGCCGGUGCGGAUGCGGAGUACCGUGGUCUGAAACGGUUUGCGAUGUUCUUUGCCCUAUGGGCAGGGGUUGGAGUGAUGGCGGGGAUCGGGAAGUGGCUGUAG